UCGGCCGUCGAGGCUGACCAUUGUAGUAUUAGUGAUAAAAUAAUAAAUACAUUUUAUAAAACAUGUGUGGGUUUGCGUGUGGACUGACCACCACAGUGCUGAGUGCCGUCCUAGCCGUCAUUAUUGGAGUCGUAGGGUAUGCAGUACUCCCCGGAGUUAUUGAUAACCUUAUCGUGGCCAACGUCGUUUUAAUAGAUGACACGAUCCAACUGGAGAGGUUUGAGCGGGUGCCAUUCCCCCUGAACUUCACAGUCCGUGUGUGGAACAUCACCAAUGCUGAACAGGUGCUGAAUGGAGCUGUCCCCGUUAUGAACGAAGUCGGACCUUUCAUUUACAGGUUACGAGUGCAAAGAGUCAUUGAAAACGUAGAAGAAGACGAGCUCACCUACCGACUGCUUUAUCACUUCGAGUUCGAUGACGUCGCGUCCCAUCCCAACAGGGACGACGAUAUGGUCACCAUAGUCAACGUAGCCUACCAUGCAAUACUGCAGGAGGCGGAAAGUACCUUCCCAGGUUUGAUGUCCGUUAUAAAUAUGGGCAUGAAUGGGAUAUUUGGGAGUUUGAACAGCCCCAUUGUGACUGUGCGGGCAAGGGACCUGUUGUUCGACGGGAUACAGAUAUGUAACAACCCGGGAAUUGUGGCGGCUGUAGCGUGUUCACAGAUCAGAUCCCUCAGCCAAGACGCGCAGAACAUCGCUGAACUAGAAGAUGGAUCCUUAAUCUUCUCUCUGGUCGGCUACAGGAAUGCAACUCCGGGCUCAGAAUUCGUGGUGUACCGAGGGUUGGGAGAACCAAGAGACAUGGGACGAGUUCUCUCGUUCAACAACUUGCCCCACCUGCUGUACUGGAGAGACGGAGAGGAGAGUCGCGGGAGCAGUGUGUGCAACAUGAUUAACGGCACUGACUCCAACAUCUUCGGACCCUUCGUCGACAAAAAGCAGUCCUUGUAUGCCUUGAACACUGAUAUUUGCAGGUCCGUGGAACUUCGUUACCAGCAUGACCUGGAGUUCGAAGGCAUCCCAGUGGUGCGGUACUCGGCCAACGAGUGGUUCCUUUCCAACGACGAGGGUUGCUUCUGCAUCAACCACACUCGGGGCAUCAACCGUGAUAACGGGUGCCUGCUCCGCGGGGCUAUGGAGAUGUACACUUGUGUUGGUGCAAACGUGGUACUAACCUACCCUCACUUUUUGUACGCUGACGCAACAUAUACAAAUGGUAUUCUCGGCACCCGACCUGUCGAGCAUGAUCAUAGGAUAUACGUUGACGUCGAGCCGCAAAGCGGAACAGCGGUAAGAGCAGCGAAAAGGGCGCAAUUCAACGUGUUCAUGCGACCCGUGAGCGGUAUCCCGGCGACGCAGGCGCUGCGAACCACUCUCACUCCAAUCAUGUGGAUAGAAGAGGGGAUGUCGCUUCCAGAAGAAUACGUGAAUGAACUGAAGAGUAAAAUGAUUACGCCGUUGAGGCUGGUGGAGAUCCUCAUACCCACCCUGCUGGCGGUGAGCGCCGCGGUGCUGAUACUCGGCGUGAUCAUCCUUGUGCGUGCCAGGACCAAGUCCGUCAGUCCCGUCACCUCCACGCCGAUCUCAACCCCCGCACCAGACAAAUAUUAAUUCAUCAACUCCAAUAAUUUAUAUCUUAUAACUGUUAGAAAAAAACAUCAAUUAAAUAUAUUUAUUUUUAUAAUGAAAUAUACUUUACAAAAGCUUGGGAGUUAC